CAUAGGAAAACCUCAAACGAAUCAAAGCCACACCCUUGUCCAUGUUCCUCCCUCCAUCCACCCGUCCCAACCAAAAACGAUACCCACCUUCAAUUCAAUAGAGACCAAUCACUACCUCCAUUUUUUGGCUUUCAUCAUUUGUUCGUAACUCGAAGAAACAACAAAGGACACAACUAAACUUCAACAUUCAAAUUUCAAACCAUUGGCCAUCCAUGGCCGACGUCGUUUCAAAGAGCCCCACCACCAUCACUCCCACCAACAAGAAGGAAACAUCGAGCCUGUUACUUGGUCGCUUCGAGAUUGGGAAGCUCCUUGGCCAUGGAACCUUUGCGAAGGUUUACUACGCGAGAAACAUUAAAAGCGGGGAAGGUGUUGCCAUCAAGGUGAUUGACAAAGAGAAGAUUCUGAAGGGUGGGUUGGUGGCACACAUCAAGCGCGAGAUCUCGAUUCUGCGCCGUGUUCGCCACCCUAAUAUCGUGCAACUCUUCGAGGUAAUGGCUACAAAGACAAAGAUCUAUUUUGUAAUGGAAUACGUUCGUGGGGGUGAGCUUUUCAACAAGGUUGCAAAAGGGAGGCUCAAGGAAGAGGCUGCAAGGAAGUACUUUCAGCAAUUGAUCUCUGCAGUUGGCUUUUGCCACGCUAGAGGGGUGUACCAUAGGGAUCUUAAGCCUGAAAAUUUGUUGCUUGAUGAGAACGGGAAUCUAAAGGUCUCUGAUUUUGGGUUGAGUGCGGUUUCUGAUCAAAUCAGGCAAGAUGGAUUGUUCCAUACGUUUUGUGGAACACCUGCUUAUGUUGCUCCUGAGGUUUUGGCAAGGAAAGGUUAUGAUGGUGCUAAGGUUGAUCUUUGGUCUUGUGGGGUGGUUUUGUUUGUAUUGAUGGCUGGGUAUUUGCCUUUUCAUGAUCAGAAUGUGAUGGCAAUGUAUAAGAAGAUUUACAGGGGUGAGUUCAGGUGUCCACGGUGGUUCUCACCUGAUCUUUCUAGGCUUCUAACUCGGCUUCUCGAUACCAAGCCUGAAACCCGGAUUGCUAUUCCUGAUAUCAUGGAGAACAAGUGGUUCAAAAAAGGGUUCAAACAAAUCAAGUUUUAUGUUGAGGAUGAUAGACUUUGUAGUGUUGAUGAUAACCUUAUGGACAAUGAGGAUGAUACAGCAUCUAUUGCAUCUUUUGUUUCUGAUUACUCACAUGCUCCUUUGCCAAGACCUGCCAGUUUGAAUGCUUUUGACAUUAUAUCAUUCUCUCCUGGCUUUGAUCUUUCUGGUUUGUUUGAGGAGAAAGGGGACGAGGCAAGGUUUGUGACUGCUGCACCGGUUUCUAGGAUCAUAUCAAAAUUGGAGGAGAUUGCUCAGUUGGUAAGUUUUACUGUGAGGAAGAAAGAUUGUAGGGUGAGCUUGGAGGGUACCCGAGAAGGUGUGAAGGGUCCAUUGACUAUAGCUGCUGAGAUAUUUGAAUUGACACCUUCUUUGGUUGUGGUGGAGGUGAAGAAAAAAGGAGGUGACAGAGCGGAGUAUGAGAGAUUUUGCAACAAUGAAUUGAAACCAGGGCUGCAAAAUUUGAUGGCCGAGGAAUCUGCAACUUCUUCAGGCUUGUCUACACCUACUGAGCCUUCUUUACUACGUGUGCUUUCUGAACCCGUGCAUAACAUAGCUUCGGAUAUUGAAACUCAACGCUAUAUACCUACUGAUGAUUGAAGAGUGAGAUAGAGAGGAUAAAAGGUUAAGCCUUUUGCGCUCUUUUGUUUAUAGAUUGUGUAUGGAAAUUGGUUAAAAAUUUUCCCCCAGGAUUGUCCUGAGUCCUGCUUUUAGGUUUGCUUCUUUACUGGAGCAUUAGGUGCCUAUGUAUUUGUCUGUUUAAUUGCUCAUACGAAAAAGGCUAAUUGAAAUAUAGUCAAUGGAGUAUGUAUUUCUACUUUU